AAUUUAUUGUCAUCUAUCCUGCUACUUUCGUUGUCAAGCAAGCUUUGUGCUCUAACGGUUGGUAAACUCGAUGUUCUUUUUGUGUUCUUUCGUUAUGGUUAAAUGACAUAGAGCUGCUGAUUCAUCUACCCAAGGACUGAAUAACUGGGAAAUGGUAAUGAUAGUCCUUUUUUUUAUCAGUGGGCUGAUGUUUGUAAUUCGUAUUUUUCUGCUCAUCUACUCUACUGAAACAGGUUCCUGGCGCUAAUGACAGCUAGGUAUAGUGCCCCGUGGUAGACAAAUUAAAUAGUUUUGAAAUAAUGUGCUCUGAAUGCUACAGUUUAGCUGACAGCGAAAGCCUUACAUAUGACAAUAAUUGAUUUUUUGACCUUAAUUUUGUGGUUAUCCAUGUAAGUCUAUCCGUCUACGCUUGACUUUGUUCCAAGGGUUCUCCUGUUCCAUCGGUUCGCUUUAUUACAGCACAAGUGCCCAAGCUAACCUAGUCUCUUUAGAAAUGUUGGUCAGAGUUUUUCCCGAAGGAGUUUCAUUUCUUGCUUCGUUUCUGUGUGCUUUUUGUAUACGUGAUUUUUUCUUCCUUUGGGGGUUCACUGAUUAAUUGUACCAGUAGCGAAGAUAUUUAUACAUCUAUAUUAAUCUGCUUCAUCUCUAGUUCACUACAGAAGGCUGUGGAAAAACUAAGGGUUGCUAUGCAUCACCAGCCUCCUGCACGUCAAGCGAAAAUUGUGAUUUUCUGGUGACCUACAAUGCCACAAAUUCAACUCAUGUUGAAUUCGAGCUGAGUGGGAAAGGAGACUGGAUAGCAGUUGGUUUCAGUGAUGACCGAUUAAUGGUAAGUUAUUAUGUCGCAAGAAUGCACUUUUGUAUUAUGUUUUUGUUUUCCGAGUUCCAAAUGUACGGCAAGGGAUGUUUCUCUAGAGAGCUGUGCCUUUGAGAAUUCGUCAUACUUACAUGCUUAAUAAAAACAUAAUGCAUAAUGAAAUUUAACAAUGGGCAAUUGACAAGAAACAGUUUAUAGUUGUAAGUUCGAUUCGUGUGAUAUUCCCAAAAAUUAAUAACAAUCGUCGGAAUUAGUAUAUAGAUAAAAUGUUAGUAUAUAGAUAAAACAUGAGCAGCAGAAAUAUCUUCAGUCGAAGGCGAGCUCUAGAAAAGUGUAUAAUUGACGCAAACGAUUUUUUGCAUAUGAAACAAAUCUUAAGCUUAAUUUUGUAUUAUCCGUAACUUCUUUGUGUUUGAGUUAAGCCAAGUACGAGGAAAACUAGCAUGUAACUGGGAUAAGAUUGAAGAAACAAAAAGUAAAAUGCGGUGAGAAACAAAAGGAAAAUAUAAACUCAUUUCUGCAAAGAAAUAAAACUUUAACUUGACGUUUUGUAUGUUCCAACAUACAUCUUCAGAAGUAAUAAGCCGUUGAAUAUCAACAGAAACUUAAAUGUAGAAUAAGUAACUAAGGACCCAUCCACACGUAUCAGGAUAUUUUUGAAUCUACAACUUUUUUUUCCGUAUCACAAUGGUCGGUUGCUAUGGCAUUUGCUCCCGCAACUUUCAAACCUGAGUAUUUUAGGCCAUAGAUAGACGUAGAAUGCAACGAAUUUAAUUAAUCGAAGAAUUUAUCGAAGAAGAGUUACGUGCUCAUUAGUUAUAAAGGAAUAUUAAAAACUUUAUAUCAAUUUUCCGUAAAGAAUUAUAUGAUUUUUGGUGAAAACCCCAUGUCCUUAGGGUCAAGAGGUGUUAAGUUUCGUUAAAUUUCAUUGUUAAAUUCUAGUUCUGUAACGUACAGUUUUGAGAGUUGCGGGAGCAAAAGCCAUAGCAACCGACCAUCGGACCAAUCCGGCAGACAAAUCCGCAACUUUUUGAAUCCGCCCUCCUGAGUGGAAAUUUUUGAAUACGAUAUGAAUCGGGAAUCUAACGGACGCUAGAUCCGAAUAUUUUUUAACCGGUGAUGGCAACCUCGUUCCCAGGUUCCUUCAAGGCUGAGCAGGUUGCAAAUUUCGCGCUCUUUUUGACGCAUGCUCUGUUGCCAAUAUUCCUAGAGGAAAAAAUUGCGGCUUCAAAAAUAUCCGAAUACAUGUGAACGGGGCCUAAUUAAAGAAACGACAGAUGACAUAUUGUUGGAAAAUUUGCAUAAAAAUAAAGCAUGCAAGCCAAGAGCCGUUAUGGCUCUUGGUCCAUUAUCAAAUGGUUCUUGGUGCAACUUUAAAAGGUAAAGUUGACAUUUUUGAUGGUGUGGCAAUGACUUCCCCUUUAGGUCCUGUUUUAGCCAACAUCUCUAAUUAUGUAUCUUGAGGAGAAGUGGGUACUCAGCAACAACACUCGCCCUUCUAUUUGGUUCCGAUUCGGUUGACGAUACUCUUACCUUGUUUGAAAACAAUUAACAACGCAGCAAAUCAGUUUCUGCACUAUCUCAAUAGUCACGUCAACAGGUCACAACGUCAAAUGGGACCAUUUCGAAAUUUUGGCAAGAGGACGGUCGGGCACCCAUUGCAAGAUAAAUGAGACUCUGCUGAAUUAGGGAUUUACGACCUUUCUCAAAUGAAAUAUCCACUGUCAGCAGUGAAAAACUUUACCUUUUUAGUUUUCAUGCUUUAUUUAUAUGCAAAAUUUUCUACAAUAUGCCAUCGACUGUUUCUUUAAUAAGCUUUAAUAGUAACUGACCAUUUUACAGUUGUGGACUUAGUACCCUAGUCUUCGAGUGAAUGUGAGGCUGACGGUGACCUCGUUUUGAUACAAACCUCCUUUGCUUUGUUUUGGACCGAAAUUGUCCUUGAACAAUACUGGUUAGCAAUUAUAUAAUAAAGCAGGAAGAUUUGUAUCAAAACAAGGUCACCGUCAGCCUCGUUUCCAUCCAUAACUGUAAAAUGGCCCAUUAGUUACUUAUUCUGCAUUUAAAAUUAUGUUGUUAUUCAAAGGUUUAUUAGUUCUGAAGAUGUAUUUCGGAACAUACGAAACGUCACCUUAAAGUUUUAUUUCUUUCCAGAAAUGCUUUUAUAUUUCCUAGUGUUCAUCACCGGAGUUUGCUUUUUGUCUCUUCUUAACCUAAAAUGCCCCCAAAACAAGAAUAAAUGGGAUAAACUCUUUAUCUGGGUUUACAGACACUCUAUGAUUUAACAUGAAUUUGAUUAUUUUGGCCAUGUUUUCUUCAUGAACGUUUAAUAAAAUUUUUAAGCUUACGAAGCCACAAACCUAUUUUAAAAUGCUUUUUUUUUACCUUCCUCCUUGCAGUAGUCAAGACCUUCUAAUGUAGUGAUUGUAUAGGUGAGGUGAAUCCACAAAAAAAAUUGACAGGGCAUAAAGUCAAAGAAUUAACUGUUGUAUACAUAAAUCCCAUAGGCAAAUACCGACAUUCUUAUGUGUGUCAAUGAUCAAGCACUUAGUGGUCAUUAUUACGCAACAGGACGAUCGACACCUUCAAGGACAAAUCCAGUAAGUAUAUAAAUUGGUUAACUUAAUUUCGCCUUAUGCUUUUUGCUUAAUUUUGCAAAGAAUCUAGAGAGAAAGGAAGUCGAAAAAUAUUUACUGAAAGUUCGAACAAGCUUGCUAAAAAGAAUAAAAAUCGAUUGGUUAAUGGCUAGAUGGUAACAAUAAAUAAAAAAACGUUAAGGGGUGACUUCCAAUUAAGUUUGCUCCAAAGGUAUUUUGAGCCCAUGAAAGUGAGACGUGGCUCAUUCCUUCCUUCUUCUGUCUAACCUCAUUAUCCCUCACGACAUGUAAUUACUAACACGGGAUCCUGUUAACCAGAAUUGGUUAAGGGGGUAGCCAUGUUUUAUCACAGUAUAAUCAACAAAUCGCUGAAUAAGCCGAUAAAGCGCAAUAUGACUAACAUAAUAAUCAUUGAUAUAUUUUCUCGUUACGAUACAUAAAAAGCAUUGGCUAUCGUAAAAACAUACAGCAUAUAUCAUAAAAAGCAUUUUCGUCAUCAUCACCGUCAUCAUCAUCAUCAUCACUAUCACAAUUAUUAUUAUUGUUAUUAUCAUCAUCAUAAUCGUCAUCAUCAUUAUUAUUAUCAUCAUUAUCAUCAUCAUCAUCAUCAUCAUCAUCAUUGCUCAUGAAGAAAUAUAAAGUGUGACGGUUGUUACAAAUUGCAGCAGAACAUUCCAUCAUAGUUGUUGUGAAAUAGGGUAUGUUUGUUCCUGACGUAUCCUAUUUACGUCUCGUCUCGUCUGCAGGUCAAUCCGGAUUGUCCCAGCAGGCCCAGGUGGCAACUGGAUGUUUCUCGCUCUGUCAGUGCUAUAUCCUAUUUACGUACUUUUUUAGGAAAAUCGUCCGAGCGAUCUAUCCAGUAACUUACGUUUUCGUUAUACUAAAAAAGAUGUUUGACUUUAUUUUAACUUUAUUCCAGACACCAGCAGCAAUAGAGUUUAUCGAGCUGGCAGACGAGAAUAAUAUCAUAAAAUGCAGGUAUGUAUAUGAUUGUUACCUGUGUGUAUAAUUUCUGAAUUUACCGGCGUUAUUCGUUUGAAAGAAUUUUUAAGUAAAUGAUAUUAUUUCUUGUAUCUAAAACAUUUUUUUAAAUCUCUAUUGUUUUUAGGGUUUCAAGAGAUGUAAAUCCAGCAAUAGCAAAUUUUAACGAUCUCAACCAAGACGUGUUCCUUUUAGCUGCAUAUGGAAACAGAGACAGUUUGUUUUGUCAUUGUUCCUUUUCAUUAUCUUAAUUUCGGUUUGGCUGUUGUUUUCUUUUCCUCUCAUUUAAAGUAAAAACGUUAUCCACUUUAGUGCGUUCCUAUUGUUGUAUUUAUUUUCAGUUACGACGAAACGACAAAAUGUAGUACGAGUGUGAUGAGAUAUUUACGUACCAUAAAUGAGUACUCAAUACAGCUGUGAACAUAAUAAUACAUCUAAUUGUUGUUGACAUGUAUUGUUUCAGUUCUUCCAUCUAUCAAUCCAUCUAAUCUGCCUACCUGGCGGUUUUGUUUGUCGAGUGCCCAAAUGAGCGGCGUAGCCCCCAGGAGAAUGGGGCAGAAAUUUCCUAUUACAGCCUCGUGCCUAGGGCUUUUUUCCGUUCCCUCCCAAUUUCUUAGGUUGUCCUAGUCACAACUGUCAUUUACAGAGAUUCGUGGUCAAGUAUUAGGACCUUAUGUGUCUCGUUCUCGUGGUUGAUGGGGCCUAUUUCUGCCCUUUUCUUCUUAGAGACCUGUAGACCUUAGAAACGUGUUUUGCAACAAUCUGAAAUUAAAUUUCAACUAUUAAAAGCUACUGAAUAUUUUUCAAAUUUCUGUUCGUAAAAUACGCACGAGAGAGAAAUUAAAGACUCCUUCUGUUUUAAGGCGCACCCAAAAAUACAAAACAAUCAGAUAGGAAGGCUAAAAACAAUCAUGGAUGAAUAGGUAAUGCUGUCUUUGCUCCUCUAAGAUUCCUUUAAGUUGAUUAUUUCUGCGUGUGAUGCAAAGACUGGUAGAAUGGUUAUUAUUAUUUGAACAGGUUCAAGUCUACAACAGCACAGUAGGAGGAAAGCAUCUCCCCAAAAAGUCAUAGUUACCCAAGCUAAUUCCACUGUCACUAAUGGAUCCCAGGCUCCCCAGGUCAAUCCGUCCACG